AAAUCCCAGUUGGAGACUGAGGUGAAACCACAGUGCACUAACACUACACUUAUUAUAAUAGUUUCAGAUGUUGGAUCCACCUCAUCUCCUCUCACAUGGAGUAUUGACGAAGUUGUCGAGUAUUUCAAAAAAUCAGACAUUUCAAAAUACGCUGAACUAUUUAGACAACACGUACGUAUUGUUUUAUACUAUCGCACUCCAAUGCAACACCCAAUUCAUUCACAUAUAAAAUUUAAUUGCUUGGUUACCUUUGUUCCAUUCUGUGGUUGCAUUCUCAGAACAGUGGUAACUAGGCAUGUGAGUCAUCAAUUAACUCGCGUAUUUAUUUUAAAUGCUUGGUUACCUUUGUUCCAUUCUAUACUUACAUUAUCAGAAAUGCGAGUUGGAACUGUUUUCUAAUGUUUUUGGUGGUGUUUGUUGUCUUUGUUGUAAUAUAUAAUAUCCAUAAUUGAAUUAUUUGAAUCUGUAAUUUCUCUGACUUUUAGCUUAAAUUUACAUUGAUUUGUAGGAAAUUGAUGGUGGAGCAUUGCUGUUAUUGAACCGCGAGACUAUUAUGUCGUGUAUGCAAUUCAAACUGGGACCUGCAUUAAAAUUGCUCAAUCAUAUAUCGGAAUUGAAGACAAAGUUUAGUUUAUGA